AUAAACCCAACCAACCGAGACAAUACAAAACAAAAAAUAAAUCCAAAAAUGGAGCUUACGGACAGCCACACGAACCCAGCCUACGAGACGCACGGAGAGAGCCGGCAAGACGAAACGAAUUUCCAUCGCCACGCAUCGAGCGCAGAGCAAAAUAAUGAUGAUAAUAGUGAUGAUCUUCAAAGAGUUUCCGGAGAAAACAAGAACAAGAAAGUAGUGUUCAUAGGCAGCGGUGACAUGACUUUGGCGUUGUCUGUUGCCAUGAGCCGCGCAUGUCUUCAGCCUGUGGUCGGCAGUAGGCACCCAGACAGGGCGAAAGUUCGGCUGAAGGAAGUGGCAAUAGUGACAACAGUGAGCGAGGCACUGUCUCAGGGCGAGAUAGUGAUUCUGGCCAUCCCUGCUGAUCACCAUCACUCCCUGCCUCGCCAAGCACUCAGGAAUAAAAUCGUGGUGGAUAUCAGCAACAGAGCACCAGGUUCCUCCUCCAAGAAGGACCUGAGUCUUGGAGAAACACUUCAGGAGAUUCUUCCGGAGAGCCACGUGGUUAAGGCCUUCAACACCAUCUCGGCCUACGCCCUCCAGCACGGCAAUAUACAAGGCAGCCGGGAGGUACCCAUCUGCGGCAACGACCCAAGGGCGCGAGCGAAGGUCUCCGAGUUGACGAGGGACCUGGGUCUCACGCCCGUAGACCGAGGCGCCCUCAGGAACGCCCGGGAGGUGGAGGGCAUCCCCCUCGCCUUCUUCCCGGAGUGGAAGGUCGCCGGGAUCAUGACCCUCCUGCUGUUUGGCUUCUGGUACAUCUUCAUGCUGUUCAGAAACCAGAUCUGUCCCAACAUCGACAGCGGAACGGAGUGGAACUGGGAAUUAUUCCAGAUAUUCCCGCUCAUGAACACUCAGUUCGCUAUGGCCUACACCGCCACCAGCCUCCUUCUGUUUACUUACAUUCCAGCCAGCUCUUGGGGACCGGAGGCUAGUGGUGACCUCGACACGGUGACCUCUGGAGGCGAAAUGAAGGGUAGAGUUAAUGCCUGGGCAAAGGAAUGUGAAGAUGACUGUGAACUGGAGGUCGUUCACCAGCUUACCUAUCUGGGGUCCAUCUGUCUGGACGAAGAGAUCAGCAAGCGGAUCGGAAAGGCAAGUACGACCCUUGCCCACUUCACUCCACGUGUCUGGGAGAACUCCAAACUCUUCGUGGCGAUAAAGAUGACUGUGUUCAACGCCUGCAUCCUUAGUGCGCUGCUGUAUGGUAGUGAGACUUGGACAACCAAUGCCAAGCAAGAGAAGAGGCUCAACAGCUUCCACCUGUGUUGCCUUCGUCGCAUCCUGAACCGUUCCUGGCAAGAGAAAGUGCCCAACACAGAGGUCCUAUUUUGCGCUGGUCAAGUGAGUCGCACGGAUGAUGGUCGUCAUUCAAAGGACAUCCUAUACGGCGAACUGGCGACAGGAACAAGAAGAACCGGCCGCCAAUACUGCGCUACGAAGAUGUCUGCAAACGAGGCAUGA